GUUCGUGCCGUCUCCAUGGCAGGCGCCGGCAUCCACCCGUUUCCGCCUCCCCCCGUACCAGGCGCACCCGAUGCCGCCGUCCGCCCCGGCUCUGACGAGGUCCGCACCAUCUUCAUCACGGGGCUCCCCGUGGACGUUAAGGAGCGGGAGCUGCAUAACCUGCUGCGCUGGCUUCCGGGAUUCGAGGCUUCCCAGAUCAACUUCAAGGGCGACCAGCCCAUGGGGUUCGCACUCUUCUCCUACGCGCACCACGCCAUCGCCGCAAAGGCCGCGCUGCAGGAUCUGGUCUUCGAUGCGGAGACCAAGUCGGCGCUGCACAUCGAGAUGGCCAAGAAGAACCUAUUCAUCAAAAGAGGUGUGGGAACUGAUGCAAAUGCUAUGGACCAAAGUAAACGCUUGCGAACUGGUGGAGACUAUACUCAUUCUACGUAUGCUCCUCCUCCAUUCCACCCACCCCCACCAGCUGUUUCCAUGUGGGGAACUGCAGGUUAUAUGGCAGCUCCGCCUCCUUAUAAUCCUUAUGCUGGCUAUCCUGUGCCGACGGUACCAAUGGCUUCACCUUCUCCUGUGCCAGGCCCAACAGCAUAUGCUCCUGUGCAGGUAAUCAAUUUGAAUUUAGGCAAUUGUUUGGUCCGUAUUCAAAAUAUAGUUUACCGAUUUUUUAGCAAUGACCACAAUUUUUGUGUUUGUUUGGAUCGUUCCCUAUAUUUUGCCAUGCCCAUGCCCCUUUGCCCAUUCUAGUUCAUUUUUCUUGCC